AGUGCAGCUCGCUGUCUGACAGCGCGGCAUAUCGGCCGUGUAUCUGCCGGCCCGGAGCGCACCGCUCGGUGCCCCGGAGCGACCCCGAGCUGGGGUGCAUGCUGACAGUCAGUUACUCUCCAGAGCACAUCAGUGGGUGGCCUGGUGCUGCUGCCACUCUCGGUCCGCAGGGGACCCCGCGCACUGCGGCGGCCCGGCGCGGCGGACGUGUCAGCAGUCUGGCCGGACACAGAACUAGGCCGGCGCGGUUUCGCCAGCCACCUUCCGGUCCCGCCGGGGUGCUGCCCGAACGGUGACGGCCCGCCGGGAGGUGAAGGGUGCGCGCCCCCCGGAUGGAGCGGCCGGCGCGGCCGGCUGCGGACGCCGCCCACACGGCAGCGGGGUUCUGCCGGCCGCCGGGCAGCCAGCCUCCGAGAGUGGGCGCCGAGUGUCGCGGAGCCGCGGAGGAGUUGCGAGUGGAGACGGGCGGGAGUCGCGCGCCGGCCACCGGGCAGUCGCCACGUGCUGUAACCGAGCUCCGCGCGAGCUGUGGACAUCGGCGGACCCACAGAGGAGCAGCGGCUGACCGCGGUCCCGAGCCAGAAGAAACUAUUCGUGAUAAAAAGAUCCCGUUUUAUAUCUCGAUCGAAUUUAUUGCCUCUUCAUCCGAAGAGCACGAUCACCUGCUCGGAUCUUCUUCAGCCCGAUACGCCGACUCGUCGAAUCGUGUGUUCCUGCCCCGGUGCAGUGUCAUCCCGAGUGCUAGCGUCGGCAGGUGGAGGCCCGUCGCCCGCCCCGUCGCGUUCGACGCCCCGGCGGUGACGGUACCGUCGCGUCAUUCCGUCACCGUCGAUGCGGGUGCUCGCGGUCCCAUAAAGCGAGCAGUGCCCUGAGAGCGUGCCGAGUCGACCCUCCACCGGGACGCGAUGACGACGAUGGCGGCAGCUCUGGUGCUCCUGAUGGCGGCCGCCGGCGCCGCCAGCGGCUCUCAACAGCUGUUCCCGGACCUGCACAAGCUGAUGACUCCCAUGGAGUUGCGUCACUACCUGGGGCACGUGCACGGUCACGUGAGCGCAGAGUACGAGCUGGUAUACCUGCCUGUGAAGAGUACCAACGCCAGCAUCCACAAACGGGACACGACCUCCACCAGACACGUCCAGUUCGAGGCGUUCGGAAGCCCGUACCGCCUCCGCCUGCGCCGGAACCGUCACCUGGUGCACCCGACCACCGAGAUGGUUCGCCGUCUCUCCGUGAACGCCACGGAGGAGGUGCGACACGAGUCCGGCGACUGUCACUACCUGCACCGCGGGACGGUCCUGCUGGCCGCCAUCAGCGCCUGCAGGCCCGGGCACCUGCGCGGGUUCGUGUCGGACGGUGAGACGCUGCUGGACAUCGCUCCUCUGAACAGCCGCCUCAGCCGACUGGUCGGAGCCCGCCGCCGGCGCAGGUCCGUCGACUCCGACAUCGACGAGGUGCUGCACCUCGUCAGACGCACCGACGUCGACGCCUUCGGAGAGCUCUUCAACAGUCUCUUCGACAACAUCGACGUCAGCGAUGACUACGUUCUGCCCAGUUUCAUCAAUCCAAAGUUCGAAGACACGCUUGAAUUCAAAGUGCCUCCCGGUUUCAACCGCCGGAAACGGGGCGAUAAACUGACGCUGGAGCUGGCACUGUACGUGGACAAGCCGGCCAGGGAGACGUUCAUGCCCUUCUUCGACAACGACCUGGACACCUUCAUCAACUUCAUCCUCGGAUUCAUUAACCAGGUCCAGGCCCUAUACUACCUGCCAAGUCUUGGAGCGAGGAUAGACAUCACCCUCAACUACCUGGAGAUCAUGGAAGUUCAGGCAAUGCGACAUUACGGAGGCGAGAGAGGAAAACUGCUCACCUCGUUCUGCGAGUACAAUGAACUGCUAAACAAGAAGGCAAAGGACAACAAGUGGGACAUGGGGCUGUAUCUGUCCAGCCUGGACUUUUUCUCGAUGGAGGGAGGACGGAAGUCGCCGGUGACGCUCGGCCUGGCGGUGCUCUCGGGCGUCUGUCACGAGGAGUACGCUUGUGUCAUCGGCGAGCUGGGGGUCACCAACCAGCAGGGCAAGCCGUACCCGUCUGCCGGCUUCAACGCGGCGUUCAUCACCGCUCACGAGAUCGGCCACAACCUGGGCAUGAGUCACGACUCGCAGGGCAACACGUGCCGCUCGAACGGGUUCAUCAUGUCGCCGAGCCGGGGUAUACGCGGGGAGACGACCUGGUCCAGCUGCAGCCGACAGGCCAUCCUCGACAUGCCGCCCAACUGCCUGGACGACAAGCCUCAGAAGCGUCCCGUGAAGAACCACCGCAUCUUCCACGAGCUGCCCGGUCAGGCGUUCGACGCCUACGACCAGUGUCAGAUCUUCCUCAGAGACCCCGACGCCGGCCUCUUCGAUACCGAGAGCUUACAGGACGUGUGUAACCGGGUAAAGUGCACCUCCCCACACCGGAUCGGAUACUACUACGCCGGGCCCGCCCUGGAGGGAACCUACUGCGGGGACAAAAAGUGGUGUAUCGGCGGCAGCUGCCGGCCCUGGUCCUCCGAUCCCACCCCUAAGGUGGUCCAGGGAGGCUGGGGCAGCUGGAACGUCUCACAGUGCUCCUCCGGCUGCCUGGACAAGUCGCUCGGCGUCUCCAUCUCCACCCGUCGCUGCGACAACCCCAAGCCGCAGAAUACGGAGUCGCGCUGUCCGGGACCGGUGCGGACCCUGCAGUUCUGCGACGAUACCGCCAUCUGCAACUUCCGCAUGACGACCAAAGACUACGCGGCCCAGAAGUGUCUGGAGUUCAGUCAGCUGGUGCCCUCCCUGGAGCCGCGGGGAGGAGGCACGCAGGCCACCUACUCGGAAAGCGAGGAAUGGCGAGCGUGCGCCAUCUACUGUCGCGACACCAACCUCAACUGGUACACCCCGCGGGACCAGCUCAGCAGUCUGGGCGUGGACACGUUCUUCCCGGACGGCACGUGGUGCCACACGGACCGCCGCACGGGGGUGGACUACUACUGCCAGCACCACCGCUGCCGGCCCAAGGUAGAGCAGGGGGCCGCCGGUACCGCGUACCCUCCGCUGUGGUACACCACCACGAGCACCGCCCGGCCGCCGCCGCCUCCCACCACAACCACCACCACAACCACCACCACAACCACAACAACCACUACACCGAGACCAUGGUGGGCCCGACCAACUACCACCAUCAGACCAUGGUGGGCCCCUCCCACCACGGCCACCUCUCGGCCCUGGUGGGCCCGUCCCACCACCACCCGCCGUCCUCGGACCACCACCACGCGCCGCUGGUGGACGGUGCGGCCCGCCGCCACCACCACCGAGCGCCCGUGGUUCGCGUUCAUUGACGGUGUGUGGCAGCAGCUGCCGCCGAACCCGGCGACCCCCGUCACCAGGUUUCCGCCGAGACGCACCCGCUGGCCGCCGAGACGCGCCGGUAGAGGCGCCACCGCCGCGCCUAGGGGCGCCACCAGUGCAGAGAAGAAGACCGGGCGACCACGACCGAGCCCCAUGACAGACACAAGAUAACGACGUCGGCCGCGACUCCAAGGCGCUGUUUGACGGCGACUCGGCCGACUCCACCCUCCAGGAGACCAACGCGGCGCCGGACGUGGCUCAGAACGCGCUGAACGCGGGCGCCACCGAGCCGCCGGCGCUGCUGGCGCUCUUCCAGCUGGGCCCCGGCCUGGAGCCGGUGGCGGCGCCGCAGCAGGUGGUCCUCGACCCGUCCUCCUCUGAGGAGCAAUUCGACAUGGACGACAUCGGAGAGGACGCCGCCGACAUCCCCCGACUGCCCGGCCGGGCGCGCCGCCGGCUCCAGUACUAGCCGCGGCGGCCCGUCUGCCAGGGCCGGUGUCCUGCCCCCGCGUCUGUCACACACGCGGCCUCAUCCUCCGACACGCCCGACUGAGUGUCGACGUGCGCCGCAUUCGAGCUUCCGUGCUGUGUCCUCAGCUUGUGUGUAUUUAUUUAUGGCUGGGUCUGCGUUAUCUGUCGGCCACACGAGACGGCGACUUUGAUCUCUGCGACGGGCUGCAUGUGCAGUGUGCACUAUAAUGCGUUUGUGGGUGUGUAUGUGUGUGUGUGUGUGUGUGUGUGCACUAUUGUGGUCAGGGUCGUGUAUGGGUCCUCAGUUUGAGACUUGCAGUCCCUUGCGUUGGCGUUGUGUGUUGUGCCCGUGAUUCUAGUGAGGACUUGUCUUUUUGCUGAUUUUGUUUCAAACCGAUGUUGAAUAACAAGGUAACGCAGAA